UUGCACAGGGUGAAUGAUCACCUCGACGCUAUUUGAUGGCUGCAUCGCUGUCCUUUGUUUCUUCACGAGCGGUAAGUUGGGUUCGGACCUGCCCCUCCCCACCAAGAUGCAGGAACGAGAUCUUGACAACUAGCCGAAUGACGCAGCCCGCGUGAGCACCUCCGCAGCAGCUUUCUUGCGCCAUGCGACAGCCCAGACCGCCUUUAUCCCCAGACGUUUGUGAGGAUGUUGUGGCAGGAAUGCCGAACGCCGUCAGAAUCCACACGUCAGACGACACCCCCCGGCGCUGUACCGAGGUCACGAGCGCGACCGGGGGCUUGUCCUUUGCUACUAUUUACAAUGAUCUCCACGCCGCCUUCUGCGCCCCCACCAUGCUCGAUCCCUCCAGAGUGUCACACUGAGUGACUCUAAUCCUCGCAACCAUGUCGCGACCGGCUCGCUACGACUUCAAGACCCGCCCGCUGGCGCAUCCCGACGCCAUUGUCGCCGGCGAGAAGUACCGCUUCACCGUGCUCACAGACGGCCUGUUGCGCGUCGAAUGGGCCGAAGACGGACGAUUCGAAGACCGCGCCUCCACCUUUGCGAUAAAUCGUAAACUAGCCGUCCCCGAUUUCUACGUCUGGGACCGCGGCGACGUCCUCGAGAUCGUGACCAGGCGCUUCCACGUCGUGUACAACAAGCAGAAGUUCAGCCCCGAGGGCUUCGUCAUACACUUGAAGGGCGCCGUGUCGGCGAAAUGGACGUAUGGGCAGCCAGUCUCGAACCUGGGCGGCACAACAAGGACCCUGGAUGGCGUAGACGGGAGGACGAACCUCGGGAAGGGAGUCCUUUCAAGAGAGGGGUCUGCGGUGCUGGAUGAUACGAAGACGAUGCUGUUUGAGAGCGAUGGGUGGAUUGCGCCGCGCAGGGCGGGAGAGAGGAGCGAUGAAUACAUAUUUUUAUACGGGCAUGAUUACCGCGAGGCUAUGAGGGCUUUCUACGCGGUUUCGGGAAGUCAGCCUUUGCUUCCGCGGUUUGCGAUGGGGAAUUGGUGGAGCCGAUACCAUGCGUAUGAUGAGAAGGAGUAUUUGGAGCUGCAUGAUCAUUUCGAGAAGGAUGAUGUGCCGAUGAAUGUCGCGGUCGUGGAUAUGGAUUGGCAUCUGGUGUGGAAUGUGCCCGGUGGCUUGAACGGCUGGACGGGCUAUACCUGGAAUAAGGAGCUCUUCCCGGAUCCGGAUGCGUUUAUGAAGAAGCUUCAUGACCGCGGCAUGAAGCUUACGCUCAACCUGCAUCCUGCAGACGGCAUCAGAUGGUACGAGGAGCAGUAUCCGGAAGUUGCAAAAUAUCUCGGAAUCGAUCCUGCGACGAAACGGCCUGCUGAGUUCGAUUGCACGAGUAGGGACUUCAUGGACGCGUAUUUUGAUAUUGUACAUCACCAGCACGAAGCAAGAGGUGUUGACUUCUGGUGGGUCGAUUGGCAACAGGGCAACACAUCGAAGAUCCCCGGCGUUGAUCCUCUGUGGGUCCUUAAUCACUUCCAUUUCCUCGAUAUCGGACGAGGACGACAACGACCUUUGAUCCUAUCUCGCUUUGGAGGACCCGGCGCUCAGCGAUAUCAAGUCGGGUUCUCUGGAGAUGCUAUCAUCACCUGGAACUCUCUGCAUUUCCAACCCGAAUUCACCUCGACAGCGUCCAACAUCGGCUACGGAUGGUGGAGCAACGACAUCGGCGGCCACACACACGGCUACAAAGACGACGAGCUGACGGCGAGAUGGGUGCAGCUGGGCUGCUGGUCUCCUAUUCUUCGAUUACACUCUGACAACAAUCCUUUCAACACACGAGAACCCUGGAGGUUCAACGAUGAGGCAUGCAAAGUUAUGGAGGAUACGCUACGGUUACGACACCGACUCAUUCCUUACCUCUACACAAUGAACGCUCGGUCCGCUUCGGACGACGAGCCACUCGUGCAGCCCAUGUAUUGGGAUUACCCCGAGCACGAGGAGGCCUACAACGUCCCAAAUCAAUUCCGUUUCGGCAGCGAAUUGAUUGUUUCCCCGGUUACCCAGCCCCGUGAUAAGGGCACACACCUCGCUGCUACAAAAGCCUGGCUCCCGCCAGGUCGUUUCGCCGACAUUUUCACCGGCCUCGUCUACGACGGCGGCCGCGAACUCCAACUUCAUCGCCCGCUCCACUUAACCCCGGUCCUCGCUCCCGAAGGCGCCAUCAUCCCGCUCGACGCCGCCCACCGCCCCAAGAGUGGCUCGCCUAACCCCGAAGCCCUCGAAAUCCUGCUCGUCGUUGGCGCAGACGGGUCCUUCGACCUGAUCGAAGACGACGGCACGGGCACCAGUGUCGACGACGGCGGCUUCCAGAUUGUUGAAUCCAAUAACCUGGAAACGCAAGCCUCAGAAGCGGUCAGGUUUAUCACGACGCCGAUUACGUAUAAGCAGUCGGUGGGUGUUAUUAAGAUCGGGCCUACGUAUCCAGCGCAUGACCCAAGUAUUCCUAAGUCGAGGGAUUGGAAGAUAAGGCUUAUUGCGCAUACACUAUCCUCCCCAACCCCGGAAAUCCGCUGCAUCACCACCACGUCCUCGAAGCGCGCGAAAGCCCUUCAGUAUACGACAACCGCAGUUGAAAAUGGGACUCUCAUCUCCCUCAACGCCGUCCCCACCAGCCAGUCCUGCAUCGUCGAGCUCGGCUCCUCCGGUCCGCAACUCGACGUGCUCGAUCCUAAUCCGCGCAUCCUAGAUAUCGUGGAUAAAGCGAGCAUGCUGAUGGACCGCAAGUGGGAUAUCAAGAGGAUCGUGGAGCGGAACGAUUCACUAAACGUCAAGGUGAGUAACCUGCAGCGGAUGGCCGGGAAUGGAGACUUCAGCCAGGAGUUGCUGGGCGCGGUGUUAGAAGUUUUGCUCGCGGAUUCGCGGUAUGCGAGUGGGAGUGGGGCAUUUGGCGUAGACAGGGAGUUCGAAAUGUGCUGAGCGUCGUGUGGAGUUGUGGGUUAGAGGGGUGAUCGGAGUGAACUACACGGUGAGUGCGCAGUGUUUGUUGCAUUGCUUUGCAUCGCAUUGGUAUGGUAUGGCAUAUGCAUGGGGCCCUUUUGGAUACCCGGAUUCAUGGAAUUCUAGGACUCUCGCUGGAGUAGAGUAUCGCUUUCUUAAGUGUUUUCCUAUUGUAUGGAGCGUUAGGUUUCGUUUCAUUGAGUACCGAAGGGACGGAAUGACACUAGGUGUACCAGUGCGACUAGCUUGCCUCUUGCGUGCGGGAUUCUCGACGUAUAAUAGCGUGCGUGAUUGUUAGCCUAGAGGGCUUUGCGGGUGCGUGUAAUAAGGCGUGUACUUAGCUGUACCACUUGUCUUACGCGUUUGUGUGGCGAGCCUUUGCAUCUGGGGGAUUGGGCACCGCACGCCUUUAGGACACAAAGCCGCAGCUGC